CACAUUAGUAUACAUUUCUUAACAAUGGCUUCCAACAAGCUUAGUGCACUCAUUAUACUGCUUUCUCUUCUUUCCUAUUCAACAUUUUCACAUGCUUGUGGCUCAUGCAAUCCAACCCCUAAACCUACUCCUCCACCACCUUCAAAAACACCUAAUGCUAGUCCUCCACCUAAGGCUAGUACUCCACCUCCUUCAACACCACCUACGGCUAGUCCUCCUACUCCUUCAACAUCACAAAAAUGUCCUAAGGACACAUUAAAGCUAGGUGUUUGUACUGAUCUUCUUGGACUUGUUAAUGUUGUGGUUGGAAGUCCUGCUUCAAGCAAGUGUUGUACAUUGAUUCAAGGUUUGGCUGAUUUGGAUGCAGCAAUAUGUCUUUGUACUGCUAUUAAGGCUAAUGUUCUUGGUAUCAACUUGAAUGUUCCUAUCACACUCAGUCUCCUACUUAGUGCUUGUCAAAAAUCUCUCCCUUCUGGUUUCCAAUGCUCAUAGAAUUUCAUGAUAUA